AAGCCAUGACAUCCUUUUUACUUGCUUUCUUUCCGUUUCGAAGAUGGAUAUUAAGAAACGAUUACUCCUUCCAUUUGUAUGCUAUUUUCUUUCAGUUUCCCAGUUUUUCCACGUCUGCCAUGGUGAUGUUGGGACUGCUGCCCAGUACAGCCCUCCAUAUUUACCUACGGCGUGCUUUGGGGAAGAUCAAACCCAGUUCCCAUCAAGCAAUCUGUUCGCAGCAGCAGGAGAUGGGAUAUGGGACAAUGGAGCAUCAUGCGGAAGGCAAUACCUGGUGAGAUGCAUAAGUGCUUCCCAGCCAGGGACUUGUGUCCCCGACCAGACUAUCCAGGUCAAGAUCGUUGAUUAUGCUCCUACCGCUCUCUCCCCACCUUCCGCUCAAUCCACCACCAUUGUCCUUUCCGAAACUGCUUUUGGCGGAAUUACCAAUAUACCCAUGGACUCCAUCAACAUUGAAUUCCAACAGUCAGUAAGUUUAGUUUAGCAUGGUGCUUGCAAGUCUCUGAUAUAUGGAUACUCAGUUCAAGGCAAUGGCAAGGAAGCAAGCAACAUAUAAAUCUGGAAAUUCAGUAAUAUUGUACCUGGACGGAGUUUAUACACGGGCAAAACGUAUUGAUGAUUGAUGUUAUGAGAUUCUUUUCAUUGGUAAAUAUUAAUUAAUUUCCUUGUA